AGUAGUUACUACAUUUCCCAUGAACACCCGCGGGAUUGAAACUACAUAAGACAAUAUGGCGGGAAUAGCAGCGUUCCUGAAGAAUGCGUGGAAUAAGGAGCCUGUUAUCCUGACAGCCUGUGCUAUCGGACUGAUGGGUCUGGCUCUUCCAUUAAUCAGCCCCAUCACAAAAUAUACAGCAAUGAUCAACUCGUCUACACCGUACAACUACCCAGUCCCUGUGCGAGAUGAUGGAAACAUGCCUGAUGUCCCUGCUCAUCCGGGUGAACCAAAAGGAAAAAACUUGGAUUGGCUUAAAAACUUUUAACUUCAUAUUUGCACGAUCAACACCUGUGCUGUUCAUAUGUGUAUGCAAAGCUGCUCCACCUACCAAUGUCUCACAAUAGAGAUUCAUUUACUUCUACGUUUGUUCCACACUUUUUGGUUUGGAUACAUGUUGCAUGUUGUGGUACAUUACAUCAUGAACAUUUCAGAAAAUGUUUUGUUGGUCUGUUUGUCUGAGUUGAACAAGGCUUUAGUCUUUUUGAUUUAGCUCUUUAUUAUAACCAAAAUCUCUUAACACCAACAAAUGUCAAAAUAAACAAAUUUUUUUCAUCACAAAACCUUA